AUGAUUGCACCCAAUAUACAAGCAAAACCUUAUGUAACAAGUAACAUCAUCACAUAUUGGGAAAUAGAAGAGGGAGCUCUGGCCCCAUACAGGGCUACCCCAGAGGCCGCAGGAAUAGACUUGCGAGCCAGAAAGGAAGAAAGACUUCAAAUAGGGCAAGUUCAGAUGUUCCCCACAGGUAUAGGAACACAAAUACCCCCGGGACACUUUGGACUAAUUGCACCUAGGUCUAGUCUCGCCAUUAAAGGGAUACACGUAAUGUGACGCAGGUUAUAGACGCAGAUUACCAAGGAGAAAUAAAGGUCCUUCUGUUAAAUCAGGGACCACAAGACUUGCUAGUGCAAGAAGGGGACAGAAUAGCCCAAUUGGUUAUCAUCCCCAUUUACCAGGGACAGGUACAUAAAGGAACGGCCCCCACCUUACAAACAGUAAGAGGAGAUGAGGGAUUUGGCUCUACUAACCUAAAUCCAGGGGCCAAAGUCUGGGUGAGGACUGAGAAAGGUCCCCCAGAACCAGCAGACAUUAUUGCAACAGGCAAUGACAACACUGUGAUACUCUCCAAGUCAAGACAAGAUAAAUGGGAAUACGUGCCUUCGGGCAAAUGUUAUUUGAGAGUUGUAUCUUUACAGGCAAAGCUCAUUGGUCCGGCUGUUAUUGUGAUGACUGCGCUUCUUCUACACCCUUCGGUCGGUACAGAUACCAGCAACGAGAUUGGAGGUUGGGACCAGAGUGAUUCCGCAGAGAUGAAGUGAAAGAGAUCGAGAUACGAGUAACCUGCCUGACUAAUGACUGUCCAAACAUGAGGGCAAGCCUGUAUGGAGAAGGCUAUUUUAGCCACAAUGACACUGAGGCGAUGAACUAUAUUAAGCUGCCGCAUGAAUCAUUU